CGCCGGAUAUGGGUCAUUCCGGAGAUGGCGGCGUUCUCUGUCAGUCAGAAGUGAAACUUUCCUAUUUUUAGCGACUCGUUUACAGCUUUAAUAACGUGUUAUUUCACCAAUGACCGUACGUGUAUUAUCUGUUAGCAGUGGGACCAACGCUACGUUUGAAAACGACUGACGGCAACGGAGAGGCUUAAACCCACGGUUUUUUAUGACCUAUUUUAUCCUUUUUUUCAUCGCUGAAUCGCUGGGCUUCCCUGGAAGUUGACGCUGGUGACUCGCUGACAUUGGCCAUCAUAACGACUGUUGUUGUUGUUGUUGUCGUCGUCGUCGUCGUCUACAUGAAACCCUAGAGCAGCCAAGAGACGUAUCCUCCCACGUAUAGUAAUACCAUCUAGCUGUCUGGCCGGGCGGCCACUGGACGUCGACCGCAUAGGAAGCCGUGCGGCUUACUGUCGGAUCGCAGGUGUUUGUUGGGGCGGACGUGGUGGAUGCCACCACUAGUCGCGGUCACGCAUUAUUUGGUUGGCUGAGAUCGUCCAUCCUGGCAAAUCAAAUGGAGAAGCUCCAGGAGCUGAGCCAAUCAGAGCUGCAGGAGCUUCUGGACAACACGGAGAGGGUGGAGUCAAUGGCGCUGGAAUCAGAUGAGAUCCAGAACAUCCAGCUGGAGCGGGAGAUGGCCCUGGCCUCCAACCGCAGCCUGGCCGAGCAGAACCUGGACGUCAAGCCGCGCCUGGAGCAGCAGAAGGAGCUGCUGGUGGAGCGCUACUCCCAGCUGGAGGCGGCCCGCGACGCUUACCGCAAGCACUGUGCCCUGCGAGAUGGGUUCGCCGGUCAGGUGUCCCCAGAGGCGCUGUUCUCCAGGCUGCAGACAGAGGGCUCCAACACAGAGGCAGAGUCAGAGACGCUGGCCUCUGACUUCCUGGACGGGUCGGUGUCGCUGGAGUCGUUCCUGGAGCGGUUCCUCCCGCAGCGCUCCCUGGCCCACCGGCGACGCGUGCGCCUGGAGAAGUUCCAGGACUUCCUGAGACAGAGGAGCCACGCCCCCGACCCCGCCCCCGACCACGCCCCCGCCGGGACGCCGGCCGCCUGCGCCGGCCAGGAGCCCGCCACCACCCCCGGCAACCACCACCCCCACCCCCACCAGCAGCCCGGCUCCUCGCCAGCAGGGGGCGCCCCCUACACCCCCUACCCCGUCGCCCCCCCCUCUGUCAACCCUGCCCCGCCCGCCUCCAACGCACCGGCCGGGUACUCCCCCUACCCCCCCGCCGCCGCCGCCACCGCCGGCUACCCCGGCCCCAGGCCCGCCUUUGGGCCCGCGGGCGCGCCCUGCCCUUACCCCACCCAGCCCUCUUUCCCCAGCCCCCACCCGGGCUCGGCCUUCGGUCAGUACACCCCCGCACCCCCGCAGGGCCCCCUGCUGGGCCCCCAGCCCUACCCGGCCUCCUACUCCUAUGGAGGGUACAGCUACCCGGGCGGCCCGCCCUACCCGGGCCCCCAGCCGCAGGCCGCACGGCCCGUGUACAGACCCCCUGGGUACGGGGUCCCACAGCCCUACUCCUGAGACUGCUCCCCCUCCCGCUCCCCCCCCCCCCUCCCCCUCCACCCUUUCUCCCCCUCCCCCUGUCUGGUUAGAGAGGCUCUCUCACUUUACGUUGUUGCACUAAAUCUCUUGUCUGUCUCUCUCUCUGUUUGUCUAUCUCUCUCGCUCGCUCUCUCACUCUCUCACUCUCUCUCUCUCUCUCUCUCUCUCUCUCUUUCUCUCUUUCUUUCUUUCUUUCUUUCUUUCUUUCUUUCUCUCGCUCUCGCUCUCGCUCUCUCUCUCGGCCACGACUAGUCUCAGGUUGUCCUCUUGUGUUUGUGAGUUUCUAUGUCAUUCAUUCAUUGCAUUUCAGACAUCUUCAAACUUUCAAGCAUCCCUCUUACUGUGUAGCCCCGCCCUCUUAGCAUGUAACCACGCCCUCUCACAGAGCCCCUCCCACUCUUGGGUUGAACCACGGCUAGAGAUCCCAGCCUCACUUUCCGUUCAAGCGCUUCCUGAAGCACUGCUUACUGUACUGUGAUUGGGUCAGCAUGGAGCUCAGCACACGAGAGGCGGGGCUCCCGUACUGCUGGACCGGCCGACACCGUCGCAUGACCUCACGUCUGUGGGCGACCUCACCCAGAGGGGCCAGAUCCCAUUGGUUGAAAUCUGAAUCUUCUCAGGGUUCCAGGGCACCUGAUCCGACAUCGUGAAAUGUUUAUGACUGUACGACUAAGUCAUUAGAAUUAAUCAGACUUUCUACUUAAUUCCUACACAAGUAGAUAAUCAUUCAUAAUACAUAAUGCAUUCUCUCCCAAACACACACCUAUCCUAUCUUUGGUGCUCUCUCCCUUUCCCUGCUAUCGCUCCUCCUCCCUUGUCUUCUCUCUCUCCCCCUCCCUUGUCUCCUCUCUCUCCUUCUACCUUUUGUCUCCUCUCUUCUCCUCCCCCUUUUCACCUCUCCCUCCUCCUCCCCUUGUCUCGUCUCCCUCCUCCCCCCCCCCCCCCAUGUCCCCUCCCCCUUGCGCCUUCUGUAUCCUCCUGUAUCCAGAACUCUGGACAAUGAAUCUCAGAAGAGAGAUGUUUGAUUUCCUGACAGUAGAUUGGUCUGCGAUGAGAAUUGUAACGUGGUGAGCUGAUUCAAAUCCAAGAUGGAUUUUGUUGAUCGAGGGGGAAGAUAAGAACCGCCUGCUGUGAUCCUGAAGGGAUGUGUGAUCAACCUCAGAGGGCCGGUUCUUCAGCCACACAUCUGGCCCCAGUGUCUCGGAGGUGGGGUCUUCAGCUGCCGGCUGUAGGGGAGUGACGGGGUAGUUGAUCACAAACUGAUGGAAGUACUGCCUUGCACUGUUGACACGUAGAAAUGAGAGGAUAAUCCAAGCUACUUUAGAAUCGCUUCACCAAUUCCCCUCUAGUUCUGAGUGUUCAUAGAGUUACCUACACUAAACACACCGUAAACUGCUUGGUGUAAUGGCUCUUUCUCAUUGGUUCCGGUGCCCAGUGCCGUCACAUAGCACCCCUGGGAGCCAAUGGGAAACAGCAGAGCGUCUUGCCUCGGCACCUCCCCCCCACCCCUCCACGACACUACAGUUUCUUCUCCAGUUGUCUGAAUAUAUUAAAAUAAUGUUGAACAUUACAGGGAAUGAUUUUAACGUACUGAUUUCUUUGGACAUGACAUGUGCUCCACUAGAUUUGAGCUGAUUUGUUGAAGUAGACCCUGCCUAUAGCUGGCCGUAUAGCUGGUCUGAGAACAGUGGAGGGACUAGUCCAGGAGGGUCGUGUGGAACUGGAGCUGACGGGUUCAGAUUGAGGUUUUUUUUGUCAAGCUCUGAACGAUUAAUAAUAAUAAUAGUCCAGGUAUCUGAAUAACACCUGGAAAGGGGUCUGAAUAACACCUGGACAGGUGUCUGCGUUACACCUGAACAGGUGUCUGCGUUACACCUGGACAGGUGUCUGAAUAACACCUGGACAGGUGUCUGCGUUACACCUGGACAGGUGUCUGAAUAACACCUGGAAUGGGGUCUGGAUUACACCUGGACAGGUGUCUGCGUUACACCUGGACGGGUGUCUGAAUAACACCUGGAAAGGGGUCUGAAUAUCACCUGGACAGGGGUCUGAAUAAUACCUGGACAGGUGUCCUGAGAACACCUGGACAGAUAUCUGCACUCUUCGAAUUGGCUCACUUGACCUACAAUCCCUAUAUACCCUACACGUUAUAGUACACUAGGGAAUUAGGACGGUUAUCAUGGGCUCGAAAUCCACCCCUCUGGUGUCAAUUUUGUCGCUUAAACAAGCCGUGUGCGUUGGAUCUCACAGUGUCAAGGGUGUGGAAAUUAUAUUUAUUUGAAGGUGCAUUAUGGGUAUUAAUCGGUGCACUAUAUAGGGAAUCUGAUUUUUACACUAAAAUGAACACUACAAAAUGGUAAAGCAUCAUUUGUUGUGCUGUAUCGGGUACAAGUUAAUCAACUCAAACAUGGCCCCGGACAGGUAUCUCUACAUCUGGACAGGUAUCCGAAUCACACCUGGACAGAUAUCUAUAACACCUGGACUGGUAUCUCCCACACCUGGACAGGUAUGUCCCACACCUGGACUGGUAUCUCCCACACCUGGACAGGGGUCUGCAUCACGGCUGCCGGACAAGGAUACUUAAAAAUAAUGAAAAGUUGAUUAAAAGUGGACCUUUCAGUCUGAUGGCUCACAAGCUUCAAAUGUAAUCCCCAUGGGGUCCUCAUCCCAGCCAAGACCCUCCCGUAGUCCCGCCCUCACGUGGCUGGUAAUCUGGGACACGCCCCCUUUUUGCCACCCUCUCCUGUCCAGUCUCCUCGCCGGAAGGCAGAGAGACGGCCUCAGCUGAUUUCUGGGGGUCAGCCGUCACAGGGUGGUGAGUGUGUGAGGGAGGAGCUUGUCUUUCCACGGGGUUGGGGUUCUUGUUUCCAUGGUGAUGGCUGUAGGGUGAAGGGAAAUUAAAAGACUGAAGUUGAUCUGAGGAUGCUGGUGUGGAUGUCUGUUGAUCACAUGCAGUAGUGUACUAAUCGGAAUAGUAGCAGAAUAAUCCUUCGGAAUAUGAGAUAAAAUGUUUAGUCCACUGAGGAAUGAGGAAGUAUGUAGAAGAUAAUAAUGCCUGAAGUCUCUUAUGUUAUAAUUCAGCUCAAUUAAUCAAGAAAGUUUUUAUCAGGUAUUUAGUUAUUCAUUCUUAGUUAAUUCAAUCGUAAUCAGGCUGAGGAUGAUUCUGUUUACCCAUGACCUUCACACACAUGACAUAUGACGUGUUUGUGGUGUCUGGUGUGUGUGUGUGUGUGUGGUGCCUGGUGUAUGUGUGUGUGUGUGCGUGCGUGCGCACAUAAAAAAUAAGACCUCUCAAAGGGGCAUUAUUGGCAUGGGGAAAAAUGCAUGUGCUCGAUCACAUCAGGUCUCACGUUCUACAAAUGUGCUGGAGCAAUUAAACAGCAAAUGUUAAACAAGAAAAGAUAACAAAAACACAGGUAACUCUUUACAUUAAGGGUUCAUUAAUUUAACAUUAAUAAAUGCAAAUGUCAUUAUUAACAAACAUUUCAUUCAUUUAAUUUUAUAAUUUGCUAAUAGUGUUAAUGUUAACUAAAGCAUUAUUCGAUAUUUUGAUUGAUACCUUAUUUGAUAAGCUAAGGACCUAACCCAGAGCUAAAGAACAACGCUUAUUACUGCAUUAGCAAAUGUUCCUUCGUGUUCCCUUGUAAAGUGUCACCAACACGUCUGAACAUGGUAUCAGUCAAAGCAGGCGGUGGAGGAACAGUCUCUGUCUCUCCCCACGCAUCUCUUCUUUCCCUCCUUUGAUGUGAGGAAAUGUGCACUUCUGCAGAGCAUGAGCGAGAGAGAGGGGUAGAGAGGAGCCGAGAGAGAGAGAGGAGGAGAGAGGGAGUGAGAGGUAGAGACAGAGAGUGAGUGGAGGAGGAGAGAGAGGUAGAGACAGAGACAGAUAGGAAGGGGAGGGAGGUAGAGAGAGAGAGAGAGAGGUCCAGAGGUCCUUGUUCCAGGAGCUUUUCUUCACGUCUGUGACCCUGCUUCUCGUUCUCUGAUGGAUGUGAGGAUUAUUUCAGCUGUCUUCCUCUGCCUGCUGCCUUGUGUCUGUUAAUCUGUCUGUCAAUCUAUCUGUCUGUCUGUCUGUCCAACCAAGGCUGCACUGGCACUACACCGUCCAAGCUGAACCAAUCAGAACCCUCGGAGAGCAGUCCCGCCGGGACGGAGGCCCCGCUCCCUCCAACUGUGCCCGGACUGCUGACCGCAGAGGGGCGGAGGGGGCAGGAGGCCCCGCCCCUUCUGCCUAUGCCCGGACUGCUGACCUUCAACUGGACGGACCAAUCCUGUGAGGGGGAGGUCCUGCUGAUGCGCCCGGGCCUCGGGCCCUCCAGGUGCCUACAGCAGCAGGGGCUUCUGGGGGGCUUCCAGGGGGGGCUGUCCGGGUUGUGCAGGAGCGUGCAGGGCUGUGAGGGGGACCCCAACUGGCACCAAGGAAAGAACAUCACCUGUCCCACUCUGAGGGUCACCUGUAAAGUAUCCCCAGCAGUAUCCCCAGCAGAUCCGAGAUGGGCCGAGCUAAGGAGCUACAAGGUGGCUACGGGGAUCCUCUGUGUUCUUCUUCUACUGGGUCUACUGGUCCUGCUCGGAAAGAGCUUCCCCAGCAGCCUUCGAGCGAUCCACAACCGUAUUUCCCAGCGGAGGCGGAGUCGCUGGAUUGGCCCGACACAGAGUCAGAGUGUUUCUUACCACAGAGGGAAGACUGCAGUAGAAGACCUAACAGAGAAGAGAUCUUCUUUCGCUGCUCUGGAGAGGCUGACAGUCCCCAACAGCAGGGAGCCUUCGUCCAAUCGAAACAGCGAUAUCAGCUACUGACACGCCCACUCCUUGCUACACGCCCUGUCCGGUGACCCCCCCCCCCAGCCCCCCGAAGGUCAAAUGGGUGUUUGUGUACGUGGGAGAACUGUCGUUUGGUUAAUUAUCGUAUCAGCAUCAUGCCAGGGCUCCAGCUAAUGACAGCCCUUCUCUGACUCAGGGGCGGAGCCAAAGCUGUCAGGGGUCCGCUGCCGUUUACUGUAUUAAUAAACUGAUCAAAUAAACCACA